AUGGAGAAGACUGUUCCAAUUGCGCAACAGACAAGCAGAAGAUUUGUUUGUGACAGCUUCAAAUUUAAUGCAUUUUGCAAUUCACAGACCUCCGAAGAUGUCGCUGGUGUUGCAGUCUUGCAGUCCUCUGCAGUUGCCUUACCAGAAGAAGUAAUGGAGAUGACUGUUCCAAUUGCACAACAGACCUCCGAAGAUGUUGCUGGUCUUGCAGUCGUGCAGUCCUCUGCAGUUGUCACACCAGAAGAAGUAAUGGAGAAGACUGUUCCAAUUGCACAACAGACCUCCGAAGAUGUCGCUGGUGUUGCUGUCUUGCAGUCCUCUGCUGUUGCCUCACCAGAAGAAGUAAUGGAGGUGACUGUUCCAAUUGCACAACAGACCUCCGAAGAUGUUGCUGGUCUUGCAGUCGUGCAGUCCUCUGCAGUUGUCACACCAGAAGAAGUAAUGGAGAAGACUGUUCCAAUUGCACAACAGACCUCGGAAGAUGUUGCUGGUCUUGCAGUCGUGCAGUCCUCUGCAGUUGUCACACCAGAAGAAGUAAUGGAGAAGACUGUUCCACUUGCACACCAGACCUCGGAAGAUGUCGCUGGUCUUGCAGACUUGCAUUCCUCUGCAGUUGUCACACCAGAGGUGACUGUUCCAAUUGCACAACAGACCUCGGAAGAUGUUGCUGGUCUUGCAGCCUUGCAGUCCUCUGCAGUUGUCACAGCAGAAGAAGUAAUGGAGGUGACUGUUCCAAUUGCACAACAGACCUCGGAAGAUGUCGCUGGUCUCGCAGACUUGCGGUCCUCUGCAGUUGUCACACCAGAAGAAGUAAUGGAGAAGACUGUUCCAAUUGCACAACAGACCUCCAAAGAUGUCACUAGACUUGCAGUUUUGCAGUCCUCUGCAGUUGUCACACCAGAGGAAGUAAUGGAGAAGACUGAUCCAAUUGCACAACAGACCUCCGAAGAUGUUGCUGGUCUUGCAGUUUUGCAGUCCUCUGCAGUUGUCACACCAGAAGAAGUAAUGGAGAAGACUGUUCCAAUUACACAACAGACCUCCGAAGAUGUCGCUGGUGUUGCAGUUUUGCAGUCCUCUGCAGUUACCUUACCAGAAGAAGUAAUGGAGAUGACUGUUCCAAUUGCACAACAGACCUCCAAAGAUGUUGCUAGUCUUGCAGUUUUGCAGUCCUCUGCAGUUGUCACACCAGAAGAAGUAAUGGAGAAAACUGUUCCAAUUGCACACCAGUUGAUGGGAAAGUUGAAUGAGGUAGAAAACAGGGGUGACCUCCCCAUAGAUCUUGCCCUGAGCAGUCGACAAGAGAGUAUUGCCAUGACACUUGUCAAUCAAAAAGUAGAUGUCAAUCACCGUGACAAUGCAGGAAAACGUCUUAUCCACAAAGCAAUUAAAAGAGGUGGUCAGGCAGAGAAAUUAGGGAUUUCGGAGAAAGGUUCUGUUAAAGAAAAGAAGAAAAGCAGAGCAUCUUUUUUAAAAUCUCAACCAGAUACACUUCAGGAUCGUACUGUCACAGAUUUCAUAGAUAUAAACGAUGAUCGUCUGAAGGAACUUUUAAACAUGAUAGAGGCUCACAAUGAGGAAUCUGAUGAUGAUGAUUAUGAGAAUGACCCAGAUUUUGUUUGCAACAGUGACUCGGAUGAUUCAAGUGCAAGCUCUGAUAGUGAAAUUGUUCCACUUAAGCACUCUAAAAAAGACAUAUGCGAGAACAGUACUAAUGUAUGUGGGCCUGCAGAAAAGUUAGACAGCAACAGAGAAAAAGAUAAGAUUAUUGAACCUAAACAACAAGACAAUAAUUAUCAAGUGGAAGAUGACAUCAGUGAAAAAGCAGAUAAGGAUUGUGACAUGCCUUCCUCUAGAAGCAUUGCAGAAGAGGAAUGUGUCUUUGAUGAUAAGUAUAGAAAGAUAUAUACGAAACGCUUCAAAAAGACUAAUACCAAAUCUAAAAGUGGAAGAAAUUAUGACCGAGUACAUGCUUGUUUGUUUUGCUGUAAACUUGUGACAAAUAUUCAGACUCACCUGGAAAACAAGCAUUGUUAUGAACAGAAAGUUAAAGAAAUUUCAGACUUAAAAAAGGAAUUGUCCAAAGCCCCAGAAAAUCAGUCUGAGUUAAAGGAAGAAAUUAGGACAAAACAAAGUUUGCUCAGAAAUGAAGGAGACAAUAAACACAACAUGAAAGUGGUAGAGGCUGGGGAGGGAGAGCUUCUUAUUUCCCGUAGGAGAGGGAAGUUUAACAUGGAAAAGUAUGGGCCAUGCCCAAAUUGUAAAGAGUGGAUUGUACUUUCUUCCUGCAUAACCAAACAUAAUAAAGUUUGCCCAGCAUUUUUGAAAACUGAGUCCCCAAAGAGUACGAAGGGUAUCAUCAUAAUACAGUCAAAAAUUAUGACUGGCAAAAUAGCACAAGAGGCCUCAUCCACCCUGAAGAAGGAAGUGUUUCCGAUUAUGAGGCAAGACAACAUCACAAAAACAGCAGUGGCAGAUCCAUUAAUCGUAGCCCUUGGAGAUGUUUGGCUCAUGAAGUGUGUUGACAAUAAACGCAAACGAAAAUACUAUUGUAGUUUCAGAAUGAGGCUCGCUGCUCGCCUUCUUCAUCUUCUUAGAAAAGAAAGUCAGUGUGAAGCAUCUCUAUGGGACUUUUUGACACCAGGUCACUUUGACCUAGUGGCAGCAUGUGCCUUGAAAGCCUGCAAUGAGGAAAAUGGGGAUUUAGUGCAUCCAACCACCGCAAUCAAACUUGGGUUUGAUAUUUCCAGGUUAGCAGCUAUAAAACUGGCAUGUUGCAUCAAAAAAGGAUUGCACAGUGACAACAAAUCCACUACCGAUUUCAUAAAAUUAGUAGAAGUGGAGUGGGGAACAAAAGUAAAAAAGCUUGCUAGUACAUUAAUUAAUGAACGGCAUUUUAACAAACCUGCAAAACUGCCCUUUGCUGAAGAUGUCUGCAGCUUAACAAACCACAUAUUGCAGGAACUGGAAAAGCUCAAUCUUGCACACCUUCAGUUGUCAACAUUUAGAAGAGCUGUAGUGCUUGCUCAGUGCCGCCUUUUACUGUAUAAUAAACGGAGACCUGGUGAACUUGAAGCUUUAAGAUUGGACACAUAUCACACAAGACUGUCCGGUGUCGACAAGUCAGACUUGGCAAUGCGUGAAGGACUGACAGACCUUGAACAACAUCUCCUUGAAUCACAAGAAAUUUGUGAAGUCCGAGGAAAAGCAGGAAGAGGUGUACCAAUAUUAAUACCUGAGGAUGUGAAGUCGGCUAUGAAUUUCAUUACAAAUGUGGACAUCAGGACAUCAUGUGGAGUGAGAUGCGAAAACAUAUAUGUUUUUGCUAACAAAGCACUAGGUGUUUUACGAGCUGGAGACUGUCUGGAGGAAGUGAAAAGUGAGGUAGACUUGCAAUACCCUGAACGAAUACUUGCUACAAACAUGCGUAAAUAUACAGCAACUCUUGCCCAGGUUAUUGGGUUGAAAGAUGAGGAAUUAAGGUGGCUGUGCAAUCAUCUAGGGCAUACAGAAAAGGUACAUGAGGCUUACUAUAGAUGCACAUCUAGUUCCAUUGAACGGAUUGAGAUUGCAAAAUUAAUGAUCAUACAGGAGAGAAAUUUGGUGGGGAAGUGUUCUGGAAAGAAGUUGUCAGAAAUCCAGUUUGAAGACCUACUUCCAAAUGAAGACACUGAAAGAACAGAUGAAGAAAAAGAAAAUUCUGAAUCUGGAGAUGAUGACCAGGACAGUGAAAUGCAUAAUGAAAGUGAAUCUUUAGAGAUGAAAAACUUGCUUGAAGAUAAUGGUGAUGAUGCAUGUUCUUUACAGAGGAAAAGGGCUAAACCUUCUGAUAGAGUGAAGUGGACCAGCAGGGAGCUGGAAGAGGUUAGAGAAUAUUUCAGUAGCUACUUAGACGGGUCCUCUGCAAGGAAAUGCCCAGGAAGGGAGGAAUGUAAAGAAAGUAUUCGCAAGAGUAAAGAGAAGAAUGGUGUUUUGCAAAGAAGAAAGUGGGAGACUAUUAAGAAAAAAGUGUCCUACUUGAUGCAUUUUGAAAAAUGAGCUUAUAGAUUAUAAAGCAUAGAGUCCGGUAGGAUUUUGUUUGUAUAAAUAGUUUCAAGUAUUAAGCUGAUAGCUUUUGUUGUUAGAUAGAACUGUCAAAUCAGUCUUAUUAUACCCCCGCUCCGAAGGAGAGGGGGGUAUACUGUUUUACCCUUGUGUGUCUGUCCGUCCGUCCGUGUGUCCGUGUAGCUGUGUGUCCGUCCAUAACAAAUUUUCGUCGCAGUUUUCUCAGAAACUACUCAUCACAGAUGCUUGAAAUUUUAACACAAUCUUCUCUGAGGCAUGCCAUACAUUAGGAUACAUUUUUGUUUAAAUCCGAUGUCAACUUCCUGUUUGUUUGUACGUCUGUCCGAUUCAUACAUUACAAAUUUUCGUCACAGUUUUCUCAGCAACUACUCAUCGCAGAUGCUUGAAAUUUUAACACGGUAUUCUCUGAGGCAUGCCAUACGUUGGGAUACAUUUUUGUUAAAAUCUUAUAUCAACUUCCUGUUUUUCUGUGUAUCUGUCCAUUUCAUCCAUAACAAAUUUUCGUCGCAGUUUUCUCAGCAACUACUCAUUACAGAUGCUUGAAAUUUUAAAACAAUCUUCUCUGAGGCAUGCCAUACGUUGGGAUACAUUUUUGUUAAAAUCUGAUGUCAACUUCCUGUUUGUUUGUACGUCUGUCCGAUUCAUACAUAACAAAUUUUUGUCGCAGUUUUCUCAGCAACUACUCAUUGCAGAUGCUUGAAAUUUUAACACAAUCUUUUUCCUAGGCAUGCCAUAUGGUUGAAUUCAUUUUUAUUCAUAUUUGAUGUCAACUUCCUGUUUGUCUGUGGGUCUGUCCGUUUCAUACAUAACACAUUUUUGUCCCAGUUUUCUCAGCAACUACUUAUUGUAGAUGCUUGUUUUCUUGGCAACUACUUAUCGCAGAUGCUUGAAAUUUUAACACAAAAUCCAAUGUCAACUUCCUGUUUGUCUGUGUUUCUCGUUUACUAUUAAUAGCAGAUGCUUAAUUUUAGUACACUCUUUGUUGAGGCAUGCCAUAUGGUGGGAUUAAUUUUGAAAUGAAUCUGAUGUCAACUUCAAAUUUUUCUGUGCAUCUGCCUGUAAUUAAACUUGUGUAAAUUAGCAUAAUAGUUGUUUAUUUACAUCAGAGCGGGGGUAUUACUAGUGAGCAUUGGCUCACAGAUUUACAGUCUCAUUUUAACAGUAUUCUUAUUUAGGAAUUCCUUUUCCAAUUCCAUAAUAUCUAUGAAAAACUCUAACAUGUACUGUUGUAAUCUGUUAAGGAAAAAAAUGGUGGUGUAAAGUUGAACUCUGUACUUUUGAGAUGAAACCAAAUUUUGUUUUAAUUUUGUGUGUGUGUUUGAAAAGACAUAUUUCUUAUGUUAUCACUUAAAAGCAAAUCUUA